CCCGUAUCUCACACAUAAACACAGACCAAACCGCCUCUCAAGGUUUUUUUCAUCUUCGUCUUUAUUUAUAACAGAGAAAGAUAAAAUUCCCCAAAAAUAAAAGAAAAAAUAAUUUGGUCCUAAAUACGUAAAAAAAAUAAUCACUCUUUCUUCAUCUCUUUUGGUUAGAGAAAUUAUAAUUUUUUAUUUUUUUUUGUGCGUUCUGGUUUUUGUUUUUUCUGUUAAAUCCGUUGGGUUCUUCCAUGGAUCCUCCUCAUCGUCAUCGCUUUCAUCUCCUUCGUUCUUCUUCCUCUUCUGCUCGAUUCUAAUAAUCGUAAGAGAAAGAAAAAAAUCAAAAAAAGGAUUCAUUAAUGUGCAGCAGGAGCAGAUUUUGUAUGAGCAUACCAUGAUUCUCACGCUAUGCGUUGGCUUCCGCAAAUCUCGUUCUCAUCUCCUUCCUCUUCCCCUUCUUCUUCUCUAAAACCCGUGGCUUCUUACUCCGAAUCUCCUGAUCCAGAUCGUCAUCAGGAUCGGGAUCGAUUUCACCGCCGCUUGUUUCGUUUCAACCGCGGUAGGCUUACCCGUCAGAGGAAGCUUCGUCACUUGACCGAUGACGAUGUUUUGUUGGGCGGCGAGCGUCGUGCUUCUACCUCUUCUUCCACCUUCGAUUCCGGUUUAACCCGCUCUCCCAGCGCUUUCACCGCCGUUCCUCGCUCUCCCUCCGCCGUCCCCUUGCCGUUACCUCUCCCGUUACCUGAGGUCGUCGCCGGAAAUCGGAGUGCCGGAAACGCUAGAGGAGGAGGAGGAUUAGAUGAUAGAGAUCGAGAUCGAGAUCCUGAGAGAGUUGUUGCUGACCGCACCUCUUCUGCUCCUCCUCUCACCAGCGUAAAUGGAACGAGGAGAGCUUCGGAGAAUACGAGUCCGAGAAACAGAAACGGUUAUUGGGUGAACAUACCAACGAUGAGUGCACCGACGAGUCCGUACAUGAGUCCUGUGCCAAGUCCACAAAGGAAGAGUACUGGUCACGAUUUGCCUUUUUUUUACUUGCCUCCUAAAAGCAAUCAAGCUUGGUCUGCUCCAGAUAUGCCACUUGAUACCUCUGGACUUCCUCCUCCUGCGUUUUACGACUUCACUGCUUUUAGUACUGACAACUCUCCGAUCCAUAGCCCACAACCUCGUAGCCCACGAAGGCAGAUCAGAAGCCCACAGCUUAGCAGGCCAUCUUCGCCGUUACAUGAUCACUCUGUGGCUGCACCACGGGAUAGUGUUUCCUCACCAUUGCAUCCGAGGAUGUCUGUUGAUGUUGCUAAUGGACGUCGUGAUUGCUGUAAUGUUCAUCCUUUGCCUCUCCCUCCUGGAGCUGCUUGUCCUUCUUCAUCAGGUGCUUCUGUUCCUCCUUGCCCUCAGGCUCCUAUCAAACAGGAUUCGUUUCCGAUGAAUUCUCAGUGGAUGAAAGGGAAGCUAAUAGGUCGUGGUACAUUUGGUAGCGUUUACGUUGCCAGCAACAGCGAAAAUGGAGCAUUGUGUGCGAUGAAGGAAGUUGAGUUAUUUCCUGAUGAUCCAAAAUCCGCAGAGUGUAUAAAGCAAUUAGAGCAGGAGAUCAAACUUCUAAGUAACCUUCAACAUCCAAACAUUGUGCAGUAUUUUGGUAGUGAGACAGUAGAAGAUCGUUUCUUUAUAUACCUGGAAUAUGUUCACCCGGGUUCAAUAAACAAAUUUAUCCGUGAUCAUUGCGGUGGUACCAUGACAGAAUCUGUUGUUCGCAAUUUUACUCGUCACAUUUUGUCUGGCCUGGCUUAUUUGCACAGUAAAAAGACAGUCCAUAGGGAUAUCAAAGGUGCUAAUCUCCUUGUUGAUGCUGCUGGGGUUGUCAAGCUUGCUGACUUCGGCAUGGCUAAACACCUUACCGGGCAAAGAGCUGAUCUCUCGUUAAAGGGAAGCCCGUACUGGAUGGCACCAGAGCUCAUGCAAGCUGUGAUGCAAAAAGAUAGCAACCCAGAUCUCGCUUUUGCUGUUGAUAUAUGGAGUUUAGGAUGUACAAUCAUUGAGAUGUUUACCGGGAAGCCUCCUUGGAGUGAGUUUGAAGGGGCUGCAGCUAUGUUCAAGGUCAUGAGAGAUAGCCCACCGAUACCUGAAUCAAUGUCACCUGAGGGUAAAGACUUUCUGAGAUUAUGCUUCCAAAGAAACCCAGCUGAGCGACCAACCGCAUCUAUGUUGCUAGAACACCGGUUCCUAAAGAACUCUCUGCAACCAACCUCACCAAACAACAACGAUGUCUCGAAUUGCUCUCAGUCAUUCAACGGGAUGAACAUAACGGAACCAAGCAGUAGAAGGGAGAAACCAAAUUUCAAACUAGAUCAGAUUCCGCGAGCUAGAAACAUGACAUCCGCAGAGAGUGAAAGUGGGCAGCAGCAGCAGCAACAACAGUACCGGUCUCCCGAUCUAACAGGAAUGGCGUCCCGUCUGUCUCCUCGUUCAACCCUGGAGGCUAUUCAAAGCCCGUCUCUUUCCCAGAGAGCUAAACCGAGCAGUGACCGGAGAAGAACCUGCGUGACUUCAGAUCACCUAUGAUUUGUGCAGCUUCAGAGGUUUAACAAUAGAAGCUACUUCUAUGCGUAUUUUUGUACAUGUAUGUGUAUGUCAAUGUACGUAUUUAGAGUAUGGGUGUUGAGGGGGAGAAUACAACUUGUAUGAAUGAAAAUGAUGUGGGUAGAAGAAAUAUGUACUGUAUGUCUGUAAAAUUAUGAUUGUUGAAUCGAUAGAAGAAGCUUCUUUCUUUCUUUC